AUGGCGCCGCGAACUAUGAAAGCGCUCAACUAUGUUGGGCCGUUCAAUGUUAAAGUCCAAGAGGUUGAGAUGCCUUGCCUAGAGCAUCCAGACGACAUCAUCGUCAAGAUCACCAGUGCGGCGAUUUGCGGUUCAGAUCUCCAUAUGUACGAAGGGCGAACAGCAGCAGAGGCUGGCAUUACGUUCGGACACGAGAACCUAGGCAUUGUCGAAGAGCUCGGCGAUGGAGUGACACUGCUCAAGAAGGGAGACCGGGUAGUCAUGCCAUUCAAUGUCGCCGAUGGCCGGUGUCGCAACUGUGAGGACGGAAAGACUGCUUUCUGUACCGGCGUCAACCCAGGGUUCGCGGGCGGCGCUUAUGGGUACGUUGCCAUGGGUCCUUACCGCGGGGGUCAAGCACAGUACCUCCGCGUCCCGUACGCAGACUUCAACGCCCUCAAGCUUCCCCCCGGCACAGAACAUGAAGCAGAUUUCAUCCUGCUCGCGGAUAUCUUCCCGACAGGUUGGCACGGGAUUGAAAUCUCAGGUUUCCAACCGGGCGACUCAGUCGCUGUCUUCGGUGCCGGGCCUGUAGGUCUCAUGGCGGCAUACAGCGCACAAAUUCGUGGUGCCUCACGAGUCUACGUCGUCGAUCGAGUGCCUGAGCGCUUAAGAGCCGCCGAGAAGAUUGGCGCUGUACCAAUUGAUUUUACAGCCGGCGAUGCGGUCGACCAGAUUAUCGCAGCGAAUGGGGGUGAGAUGGUCGAUCGGAGUGUCGAUGCAGUGGGAUAUCAGGCUGUGAGUGGGACGAAGGAUAAUGCGACCGAGGUGCCGAAUAUUGUUCUUGAGAACAUGAUUCGUGUCACGAGGGCAUGUGGGGGAUUAGGGAUUCCGGGGCUCUAUGUGCCUAGUGACCCCGGCGCUGGUGACACUGCAACGGCAAAGGGUAUGAUCAGUCUGAGCUUUGGGAAGCUCUUCGAGAAGGGCCUUACCCUCGGCACGGGCCAAUGCAAUGUAAAAGCGUACAAUCGACAGCUGCGCGACUUGAUCAUCGCUGGCAAAGCAAGGCCUAGCUUCGUCGUCUCGCAUGAGAUUAGCCUCGAUGAGGCGGAAAUUGCAUAUGACAAGUUUGAUAAGAGGAUUGAAGGAUAUACCAAGGUCAUUAUUCAUCCGAAUGGCGGAUUUCAGGACAAGAGGCCGCCGGUCGUGAAUUCGCCGUUGUAG